AUGGGCUUGUUAAUAUAUUCCAUCAGUGUGGAGAGUUUUGGGUUGGUUGACGCAAAGAAAGUACAUCAGGUGCAGGAAAUGAGUAGGCGCCAGAGGGAAAUCAGGAGGUUGGUUAAAGAAAUUAGGGUGAUCAAAGGAAGGUGGAGGAAAGCAAGUGAAGAAGAGAAGCCUGGUUUGUCAGUGUUGCGUGACAGCCUGCGGAAGAAGCUCUCCUCUCUCCGUCGUGCUGAAUCUCAACGCAAGAAGAGAAGGGAUAGAACGAGGGCUAGGAAAUUAUUUUUCCAGAAUCCCUAUAGGUUCUCCAAGAGUUUGUUUGAACAGAGUAAAUCUGGUCAACUAAGUAUCUCCAAAGCAGAGCUUGAGGAGCACUUGUCCAAUACUUACUCGGAUAAUAAGAAGACCAUCCCGAUGCCUCCAAUUUCUGGCCUGGCCAGGCCUACUGAGACGGGAGAGCCCUUUGACCUUGCUGAGCCAAGGCUCUCAGAGGUUGUUAGCUUUUUGGAAAAGACAAUGACAGGUUCAGCACCAGGGCCUAAUGGUGUCCCUUACAAGGUGUAUAAGAAGUGUGGGAGAUUGAGGAAGUUCUUAUGGCGUCUUCUCAAGGUAGUUUGGAGGCAAGGUGUUGUCCCGGAUUCCUGGUGUAAAGCUGAUGGUGUUUAUAUUCCUAAAGAGGAGAACUCCACUUCACUAGUUAAUACCUCUGUGCAGAAGGCCGGCAUCCCAGGUUUCCAUGGGUGCCUGGAGCACACCAGUAUGAUAUGGCAGACCAUACAGCAGUCAAAGAAACUGCAACGGAACCUUGCAGUUGUGUGGCUUGAUCUUGCCAACGCAUAUGGCUCAGUUCCGCAUGCAUUGAUAGAGUUUGCAAUGGAUUUCUUGUGGAUUCCCCCUCGGGUAACCAGGUAUGUGAUGCAGUAUUUCCAAGGUUUUAAGAUGAGGUUCUCUACUCAGCAGUAUACCACAGACUGGCAGAGCCUGGAAGUUGGUAUUCCAAUGGGAUGUGCGAUUUCUCCCAUUUUGUUUUUGCUUGUCAUGGAUGUCCUUGUUAGGUCUGCUGGAGGAUUCGGAUGUGGUGUGACUUUCCCUGGUGCAGAGAAACUACCUCCAAUUCGUGCAUUUAUGGACGAUCUCACUAUUCUCUGUCCAAGUACGAAGGAUACUAAGGAAAUUAUGGCUAGGCUCGAGGAAUUAAUGGAUUGGGGAAGGAUGAAAUUCAAGACGAGGAAGUCGAGGAGCCUUGUGUUGAAACGAGGUAGGCUAAGUGAUUUUCACUUCCUGUUGUGUGGGGAGGAGAUCCCAUCUAUCCAGGAUGAGCCGGUUAAGAGUUUAGGCCGUUGGUAUACCGAAGACCUGAAAGAUGUAGGAAGAAUUAAGGACACUGAGGAACAGAUCAGGAAAGGGCUGGAGUCAAUUGAUAAAUGUGGCCUCCCAGGCAAACUUAAACUGUGGUGUCUUCAGUUUGGGCUGAUGCCACGCAUCAUGUGGCCAUUAACUGUCUAUGAGAUAGGUUUGUCGUAUGUCGAAGCCAUGGAGCGUAAGAUCAAUGUCUAUGUUAAGAGGUGGCUGGGUGUUCCAAAUUCUCUGACCAACAUUGCUCUCCAUAGUAUUGAGACAAAGUUGAACAUCCCCAUCAAGUCAUUGGUUGAAGAAGUCAAGGUGACGAAAGCAAGAUCUUUUAUGAUGCUUCGUGAUUCUAGCGAUCCUGUCAUUAGAGAUUACCAGCCUGAUGUGAAAUCAGGAAGGAAGUGGCAUGCUGAUAAGGCAGUGGAAGAGGCUGAGUCGAGACUGAGGCACAAGGAGAUGGUUGGUGUUGCCCAAACCGGUCGUUUGGGCCUGGGCUGGACUUCUACCAAGAGGUGGUCAGCAGCUUCAGCCCGGGAGCAGCGCGACCUCAUUGUGCAGGAGAUCAGAGAGGUUGAGGAGGAGAAGAGAUGGGCCACAGCAGUUUGCCAGGCCCAGCAGGGCUCAUGGACGAAGUGGGAGGGGGCGGAAGCCAGAAGGUUGACAUGGUCUGUACUUUGGCAGAUGGAGCCACUUCGAAUCUCCUUCGUUGUUCGCUCGACCUACGAUCUUUUGCCUAUGCAUGUUAACCUCAGCAAGUGGUAUAACGAGCCUGAUAAGUGUAGUGCUUGUGGAGGGAGAGGUACCCUUCAGCACAUACUUAGUGCCUGCGAGGUUAGCCUGUGUUGUGGGAUGUAUACUUGGAGGCAUAACCAGGUCUUGAAGGUUGUUGAAGAGGCGGUUACAAAAAGGGUGACAUCUCAUAAUUCUGGGAAGGGUGUUGCAAAUGGGGGUAUGCCCCAUAUUGAUUUUGUGAAGGAGGGGGCUAGGCCAAGAUUAAGGGCAAGGUCUACGAGGCCCAGUAUCUUGUCCUCAGCUCGUGAUUGGCAGGUGAGAGUUGACCUGGACGGAAAAGGGAGUGUCCCACAGCAUGUGGUGUUUACAAAUCUCCGCCCCGAUAUUGUUUUGUGGACUGACUCUGCAAAGGUAAUAGUUCUAGGAGAGUUGACCGUCCCUUGGGAGGAUAAUUUUGACUAUGACUUUGAGCGCAAGCUCACAAGAUAUUCUGAACUUGUGGCAGAGUGUACAGGCAAAGGCUGGAAGGUGUUAUGCUUCCCCUUUGAGGUUGGUUGUCGUGGGUUCAUAGCAAAAUCAUUGUCUAGGUGGUUUCGGGAGUUGGGUUUCUCAAAUAGAGAGAAUAAGCAUGCUUGUAGGGCUGCUUCUGAGGCAGCAGAGAAGGGUUCUGCUUGGAUUCGGACCAAGUAUGUCCAAAGGAAGAGGGUGACCAGCAAUUAA